AUGAUCGCAAUAUAUCUCAAUGUUGAGCAGUUUGUUGCGACAGCAAAUGAGGAACCUGGCCACAACACUUUAUUUUCGAUGUCUGUACGCACUAGCACUACUGCGGGCGUCGUCUUACAGGAUGUAGAUCAUUUGCAGCCACGCUGCAGUUUCCUAGGCUCGUCCUGUGAACAUCUCUCCCACAUUCCCGGCCACGAUGCUCCCAUAUAG